AUGGUGAACCACCAGGUCCCACAUUCGGCGGCUGAGGUGCAGAAUCAGGAGCCUGAGGCGCCGCAAUCGGCGCCUGAGGUCCCACAUUCGGCGGCUGAGAUGCAGAAUCAGGCGCCUGAGGCGCAGCAUUCGGCGCCUGAGGUCCCACAUUCGGCGGCUGAGGUGCAGAAUCAGGCGCCUGAGGCGCAGCAUUCGGCGCCUGAGGUCCCACAUUCGGCGGCUGAGGUGCAGAAUCAGGCGCCUGAGGCGCAGCAUUCGGCGCCUGAGGUCCCACAUUCGGCGGCUGAGGUGCAGAAUCAGGCGCCUGAGGCGCAGCAUUCGGCGCCUGAGGUGCCGAAUCGGGUG